UUCAGAUUUUAACCUGUAUUUGGUCUUCUUUACUCUCUGGUUUAUAUUAGGAAGCGCCCCCUAAGGGUGUGUGGUAUCUCUGUGUACACCACUCUCUACUUUUUUUUUUACUUUUUAAUUCUGUCAGACCCAGAGGGCCAUCAAACCUGGGUCUAACAAGUGAAAGGGCUUAGAUUAAAACAGUCUAAAAAACCCCCAUAUGAAAGCUCUGGAAGGCAAGGAAUAAAAGAUUUCAUAUCAUUAAGAGAGAUUUUUAUAUAAAUAGAUAGGUCACUCACAUGGGGCUGCUAGAAAAGGAGAGACACAGCCCUAAAAUUACUAUAUAUAAUCUUACACCAUAAGGCUGACAUCAUACUAAGAUAAUACAACACACAAGGAAAAACCUAUUUAUUGAAGGCAAGCUAGAAAACAAGUUUAGCAAAUACAGACUUGUCUAAAUUUAAUAUAAUGUGCAGUAGAAAUAAAGGGGUCCUAAGCACAGCACCUGAUGGAAAGAAGUUCUACGAAAUAAUGAGGCCUGGCUACAGGCCACACACACUCUGCACACUGAACUAAAUAAAGCUUUGCAAGAAAAGAAAUAAGGCCUGGAAACCAGCCUAAUAUACAAACAUCAUGCAGGCAAGCAGGCUGUAAACCUAUUGCCUGUUCCAAUAUAACACAAUUACAUAUAGGAUAAGAAUAUGAAACAAACAAUUACAUAUAGGAUAAGAAUAGGAAACAUAAAGGGAUAAGAAUAUAAAGAACUUAGGAAGGAAACCAUAUAUAAUAGUUUUACAGAAAAGUCUUAAACAAGAUAAACAGAAUAGAGACUAAAGAACCUAGGGGGGAAAAAAACAUAUAUAAUGGUUUAUACUUAGUAUAUUCUAAAACACAGAUAAGCAGAUUAGUGAUCUUAAGCAAAGGUCAUCAAAAUAUAUUACAAUUUGAGGGGAAAAUGAAUACAUGACCUGCUGUCUGGAAGCAGCAAAGAAGAGAGGAAGUGCUGGACUUGUUCAUUACAGUUUAUUAGGCUGCUGUGUGCUGAUUGGUGCAGUCUUGUUACUAUGCUAUUAUUAUUUUUUUCUCUGUAUGUUUUCUUUGCUGCUGUUUGGAUUCAGUAAAGAUUUGAUGCAAAAUAUGAAGCCUCCUGUCUUGCCAUAAAAUUUUUAGUUAAGUUUCCACUCCAGCUUAAAAUAAAAUGUAAACAUGCAGUUUGAAAAAAAGCCACAAGAUGGCGUAUGGGUAGAAAGUGGAACUGGAAGGCGUUUUGUAUUAAGAUUGAAGAUAGAUGUGUAAGUAAAUGUUCAUCAUAGGCAGUCACUCCCUGUCACGCAAGCCCAGUCACGUAGCCUGCUCUCUUCUCUCCACCUGCUGAUUGGCACUUCCGGGAACGACCCUUGCGCAUUGACUCUUCUUUCCUGGAGGACAUGGUUGCGGCAUUGAAGAUCUGGAGUUAUCGGUUUACCUAUGGCUGAUAAAAAAAACGACCUUCUGGAGCCCAGUACCGCAAACGAAAGGCAGAACAAGCUAAGGAGCAAGCAAAGCAAGAGGGGUCCUUCUUUAGAUACCUUCAUACACAGCAACCAAAUCAAGAACAAGAAUGUGACUGUACUCUAGUGGAACCUGCCACUGGGGAUGGAGAAGCUGAAUGUUGUGCUCCAACUACAAGUCAUACUGAAGUUUCACAAUUUGGAAAUGUUUCUAGAAAUAAUGAAGAAGAAAAAGAUGUUAAUAACAGUGAGACUAGUAGUAGCACUGCAAAGUCAUCAAAAGAAAACAAUAUUGUGCCUGAUUUGGAUUACAGUGACCCUGCUAAAUGGCCCAACUCUUGCAGUGAUGAUCUACGACAGCUUAUAAUUCAACAUGGACCACAGUAGGUUGUAUUACAUGAUUUUCCCAAAGACUCAAAAAACAGACGAUUUUCUACUGUACACUACAAGAGGAGACUGGCAAAUGGUGAAGAAGUGUGUCGCCAAUGGUUGAUAUAUUCAACCUCAAAAGAUGUGGUUUUUUGUUUUUGCUGUAAAUUGUUCAGUAAAAGAAAUGUUGCAUCAUCCCUACAAGAAACAGGUUCAAAAGACUGGAAGAACAUUGGAGCAAUUAUUUCUUCACAUGAGAGGAAUACUGACCAUUUGGAAAACUAUCAAGCCUGGCGUGAACUUGAAUUCCGCUUAUCUAAAGAAAAAAACAAUUGAUGCUCUAAACCAGCUGAAAAUUAGGCAAGAAGAACAAUAUUGGCAACAAGUCUUGCAACGCUUGAUUGCUUUGGUAAGAGUUCUUGCCAUGCAAAACUUAUCAUUCCGUGGUACAAAUGACAAGUUGUAUAGUGCCGGCAAUGGAAAUUUUUUAAAGUUUGUCGAAUAUCUAGCCCUUUUUGAUCAUAUCAUGAAUGAACAUUUGCGUAGGGUUAAAGAUCAAGAAACAUUGUUCACUACCUGGGAAAAGAUAUCCAGAAUGAGCUUAUACAGCUUCUAGCCGGUGCUAUAAAGAAGAAAAUUAUAACAAGUACAACCUCAGCUAAAUACUAAUCAAUUAUUCUGGACUGCACACCCGAUGUUUCUCACAUUGAGCAAAUGACAAUGAUUGUACGUUUUGUUGAUGUAAGCAAACCAUCAGAUAAUGAGUCUGAAAGUAUUACUAUAAGAGAACAUUUCAUAGGAUUUAUUCCACUACAGGAGACUACAGGUGCCUUUAUAGCAGAAACUCUUCUUGAACAGCUGAAGCUAAUUCAAUUGCCAAUUGAAAAUCUGCGUGGUCAAGGGUAUGACAAUGGCAGUAACAUGAAAGGCAAACAAAAUGGAGCACAAAAGAGAAUACUGGACUUAAACCCACUUGCGUUUUUUGUGCCCUGCAAUGCACACUCUUUAAACUUGGUAGUCAAUGAUGCUGCUAGGUGUUGUCUGGAAGCAACUACUUUCUUUGGGUUAGUUCAACAGAUUUAUAACUAUUUCUCUACAUCAACUAAGCGUUGGCAAGUUCUAAUUAGCCAUAUAUCAGACUUAGGCAUAACUGUUAAGCCAUUGAGUGAAACAAGAUGGGAGAGUCGGAUUGAUGCUUUGAAACCACUGAGAUAUCAUUUUGGUAAUAUAUAUGAUGCUUUGAUAGAGAUUUUUGAGGAUACAAGCCUAUCAGGUCCAUCUGGAAAUACUUCCCGAGUUGAAGCCAAGGGCUUUGCUGAUGCAGUUAGUAACUUCAAGUUUGUGGUAUCCCUUGUUACAUGGUACAACAUCCUUUUUGAAGUCAAUCUUACAAGCAAGCUACUACAAAAUAAGGAAGCUGAUUUAAAUUCAGCUACAAGACAAUUGCAAGUGACCAAUAAUUAUCUCAUAACCUGCAGGUGUGAUAAGGGUUUUCAACAAGUUUUGACAGAUGCUACUGAGAUUGCAAAUGAGAUACAGAUAGUACCAAACUUUGAGACAGAAGAUCAAGUUCGAAACAGGAGAAAGAAACGGCAGUUUGAUUAUGAGGCCCGAGAAGAAGCACCACAAGAUCCAAAGCAGAAAUUCAAAACAGGUUUUUACUAUGCUGUUUUAGACAUGGCAAUACAAUCGAUUGAAGAGAGAUUCCAACAGCUACAAAAAUAUAAUUCACUAUUUGGCUUUCUAUAUGACAUAUACAGUAUAAAGAAAAAAUCAACAGAAGAUUUACUUAAGGACUGUAAUAAUUUGGAAAAGUCAUUGAUGCAUAAUGGAAACAAAGAUAUUGAUGCUGAAGAUCUGCGUUGUGAACUUGAAGCAAUAGCUCGAAGACUUCCAAAGCCUAUGCCGCCACAAGAAGUACUUCUCUUCAUACUACAAAAUAAACUUUUGGAUAACGUGCCCAAUGUUUCUGUUGCUCUGAGGAUCCUUCUCACACUUCCAGUAUCAGUGGCAAGUGGUGAACGUAGUUUCUCAAAGCUCAAACUUAUAAAAAGUUACAUACGCUCUACAAUGUUGGAAAAGAGACUAGUUGGCUUGGCAACUAUAUCUAUUGAACAUACACAGGCAGCAGCACUUGAUCUGGCUGAAAUGGUGACAAAAUUUGCAAAGGAAAAGGCACGCAAAGUGAGAUUUUGAGGUGUCUGAAAUUUAAAAAAGUUUCUGACAAAUCUGUGUUUUUUUUUUGUUUGUUUCUCUGGCUGUAAGGAAAAUACAGACUCAGUUAAUAUAUAUUUUGUUUAAUUAAAAGUUAAAAUAUAUUUGUUGUUAAUAUAGGCAAUGUAACAUUUGGUUACUUUAUAUUUUGCCUUUAAUAUUGUUGCUUUUGGCAUCUUAUGCCACACCACUUAUUCAUGAAAAUUAAAAGAAAUUUAAAAGUG